AUGCUGCUGGGACUCCUCUCGGUGUGGCUGCUGAGCUGUUCGAUCAGCUUGUGCCACGGCUACUUCGACGGCCCGCUUUAUCCGGAGAUGUCCAACGGGACGUUGCAUCACUAUUUCGUGCCCGACGGGGACUACGAGGAGAACGACGACCCGGAGAAGUGUCAGCUGCUUUUCAGGGUGAGCGACCGCCUGCGCUGCACAGCGGGCGGGGAGGGUGAACGCUCGCAUCCCGUGGCGGCGGCGGCGGCAGCAGCAGCACCCGCUUUGACGCUGCGCGAGGAAUUCACCCUCCUGGGCCGGCAGGUGGAGGACACGGCGCGCGUGCUGGAAGGCAUCCAGAAGAGCAUCGCCUACGACCUGGACGGCGAGGAAAGCUACGGCAACUACCUGCGCAGGGAAUCCGCGCAGAUCGGGGACGCCUACGCCAGCUCGGAGAAGUCGCUGGGGGAGCUGGAAAACAAGUUCCGGCAGGGCCAGGAGCACGAGAGCCACGAGGAGAGCCGCCUCAACGACGACUUCCUGGGAAUGCUGGUGCAUGCGCGGGCCCUCCUCAAGGAGACGCUGACCGUCUCGGCCGGCCUGCGGGACAAGUACGAGCUGCUGGCGCUCACCAUCCGGAGCCACGGAGCCCGCCUCAGCCGCCUCAAGACAGAGUAUCUCAAGGGCUGAGCGGGAACGGGCGCCUCAAAUGGCUUCGAGCGACUUCCCUCUCCCAGUGGCCGGCCACGCCGGCGGGACUCUUGCCGGCCACGCUUCCCCACGGACUUUCCUCCAUCGCAUGCCACCGACCGACCCUUGCUACAGUACCUCAGUGCAUAUUGUUUGCAAUUUUCCCCCGAGCACCUUGAAAGAGCAAAAUAAAUUCCAGGAAAACUGCCUUUAGGUGGCGCGACAGACGAAACAUCGACAGUUAAUGGUUUCCCAUUGGGGAGGGGAAAAAACUGAUGGGGGGGCUAUUUUUGCUAGGUACCCAAAAAAUUCCAGAUGUCAUCCGCCUAUUUUUAAGUUCGUUUCUUAGGUUUCUGACAGAUGGAAAUUUGAGUUAUUGGGGAGGAGGGUGUCUAUGUCAGUAAAAAAAAAAGCGUUUGUGGGAUUCCAACUGGCAAAACGUUGAAAGACGCACACAAGCUUGCUUUAUUGCAUUCAUCCGCUUUCUUUAGCAUAAGGUAUCUGAAAUAGGGUGAACAAAUAAAGUGGCACAAUAUAUGUACUAACUCAUUGGGAUGGCUUCUUCUCCUGUAGUUAAUUUGCAAGUUUUGACUCAAUUACUUGGAAGUAAGCUCUACUGAGUAAAAAAAAAAAAGAGUCUGGAUUUGGAGUCAAUAUAAGUUGCUGUGAUUAAAAGCUUUGAAGAUAAUUCCUUUUAAUUCCUUUUUAGUGAGUUCAAAGAAGUAUAUACAAUGGUAUAGUCAAACAUCUCAGUUCUGGAGGAUUAGAAGUAUCUGCUAUGUUGCAAUAGUUUUAUAAUCUAUUGGUCAGAAUUCAGCAUUGUUAUAUACACUUAAGCCCUACUGAUUUAUUGUUUUAUGGAAUGUGUUGUAUAAAACCUUGAGGAGAAAUGUUAUAGACAUGACAUGUUAAGUUACAAGUUUGGAACUUUGUUCUCUAGUUCUUUCAGAUGAAAUCUUUUGAACUUCCAUGGUGAUCCAGUACUACUAAAAAUCAAUAAUUGAUAGAACAUCUGGUGCCAAGGUUUCCAUAGAUUUUAUUUUGCUUCUUUUUUAAAAAAAAAUAAACCUAUAAGGUUGCACUGCUUGUCUCAUUCCACACUGACAAUUGAAGAACUCAGUUAAAGUAAUGUAUUAAUCCUUUUACAGAUUCAUUAUAACUACCCUGGAAAUUUGUAAUGUUAUCAAUGGCUUGUGGAAAAUUCUGGAAUGAUAGUUAUUUCAUUUUAAUUCAUCAGGAAAAGAAAAAAAUAAUGCUUUAUGUUGGAUGUUAAAGUAAUUUCCCCCAUCAUUUUAUUCAGUGUUAUGAAAUUCAAAAGGCCAUUCGAACAAGAAUAUGAUAGCUAUAAACAUGCACUCAACACCAGGUAACAGUUAUUUUCUCUCUCAGUUUUAUUUUUAUUUUCCCUGAAUCAUGAUCACACAAAGAAAUAUCUUUAUCAUUAUUUUUUUUUAGAUGUCAUUCAUAGAAUGGAAAGUACAGUUCUCUAGUACUACAGUAAAAGUUGUAAAUCACAUGCAUUUUGUUCACAAUCUGUGCAGAGUACAUAACUGGCUGUGUUCUGAACUUUACAAAAAUAGGCAUCAGAAGAUAAUAUUCUGGUAUCAGAAGACUAAUUGCUUCAGCUAUAGUUUGAUGUAAUGUGUAUUCUAAAAUAAGCAAGUUUUUUUUUUAAGGGCAAAUCAACCCCUAUGGUUUCCCAGGAAAACUCAGCCAAAUUGGAAGCAAUAACUCACUGUGCCUCUCCCUGUUCUGCACAAAUGGCUUUAAAUUCCUUAAAGAGAUUUUGCAGAGCUAAAGCUACUGUUGAAUGUUGCUUGGCUCCUUCUAAGAUAACAAUUUCCUUCCCAAAGAAUUCUUUUGGAUUGCCAACAAUUAGGCAGAUAUUGGAACAAUUUAUCAAUCCAAGAAUGCCUACAUUGUAAUGUUCCAUAACUGAUGUCCAUUGAAUUCUAUAGAAAAAUUUUUAUGCUAAGUUGAUAAUAUAGGCAUAGCCUUUAGAAACAACCAAAAAGAUUGAAUUGAUUUUUGCUAUUGGUACUCCACUGACAGGUUAUAUGGUUUUGUGCUUCUGGAAGGCUGCAACAAACCAAGUAAUUCUUUCAAAAGAAUGAUGGCAACCCAAAGCAAGGUGAUAAAAAUGGGUUUGAGGCUUUUGGGUUUUUUUUGCAUAGAAAACUCAUAUUUAAGUCAAACUAAGAUUAAUUUAAAUUUGUCCCACUUUUCAGAAGAAAAUAGAGGCUUCUAAAAUCAUGAAAAGAAGAGGGAGUAGAGGGAUAGUCAGCGACGUUUCAGAGAAACUGAACAGCAGCUUUGCAUUAUAACUUAAGACCAAAUGACAGUAGCCAGUUUUCAUUACUGUAAAAUAUCCUUUCCUCUUUUGGCCCAUAUAUAUUAUCACCAAUACUGCUUCAACCAAGCACUGACCCCCCAAGCAUUGAUUGUGAUAGGAUGUUGCCACAUGUUAAAAUAAAUGAUACUCUGCAAUUGUAAGAUAUAUGACACAUUCCUUAGUCAGAUAGGAUAUUUAGAAAUAGGUAUUAGAACCUCAGGAUAUAGUUGUGACCAAAAGAUACUCAGCAAAAUUAAAAGAUACUAAUUUUCCUGCCAUUAUCCUCAAAGCAGCAAGAAUAGAUUUGCAUGGUGCCGAAUUCUUAUUUUUUUCAUUAAAAAGUGAAAUGAUAUUGUGAUAUGUAGCAUAAGACCACAAAGGGUCUGAUUUUUCCCCUUUUGACGACUAGAUAUACAGUGUCUACAAGAGCAAAAUUUCCAAAAGCAACCAACAACAAGAUUACAAUGGCUUCUACACAAUGUUUUCUUUAAACAUACAUUAUUUAAUAAUGUAAUUCCAUCAGUGAAAACCUAAUCAGCUUUAUAAAUCCAUGAAAUCAGGCUCAUCAUCAUUGCAUAUCCCAUCUAUAUUGCUGUAUGUGAAAAUGCUGUCAUUUCUGACAGUUCAUGUCUUCACUUUUCCUUAAAAUGUAUGCAUCAUUUUUGCAACAAAGCAUAAUCCAUAAUAAAAAAUGUCAGUUAUCAGCUUCAUUCCCUUCAAAUAAUAUAAGGGGACAUUUUUUAAGAUAGUACAAUUCAACAAAAAAUCCCCAUCAUGAAACCCCAUUGACCUUAAAACUAAUCACCCCUUGAAUCUUUGUUUGGCAUUAGCGAGGCUUUAGUUUUGAUGGAAUUAAGUUUAGAAUUAUUUACUUCACCUAGAUUUUUUUAACUAUCACAGCAAGGCAGGAUAUUUUAUUAUUGAGAUAACUUACUAAAGAUUGCCAUCUAGUGCUUUAGAAAGUCUGAUAUAUGCUUACUUUGGAAGAAUCCACCAAUAGAAUCAGCUUCUCAAAAUGUGAUUUAUUAGCUGUGUGUUAUAGUUUUUAACCCAAAAGUGCUUUUUCAAAAGACAAAUGGACUUUGUUUUUCCUUGAAACUGCCUUUUGCAAAAGCACCUUUGGGACCUCCAUGAUCUGAAUGACUGAGAAUAUCUACAGACAUUUAUGAUUUUUAAGUUUAUAACUUUAACACAAGAAAUAUAUAUGAAGCUAAAAACUAAAGCAUUCUAAAUUUUAACAUCCCUUUUUUAUAGUCCACAGUUUAUCUCCAAUGGCAGAUGAUGUACUUUUUUUUACUGUCUCUAAAACAAAUGCUUGAAUAUUAAGAAUGAGCCAAAAAAAAUUGGAUUCAUAUCUUGGAAUUCUUUCCCUCUCUUAGCCAAACUGUUUUCAUUCUUAUUUUCUUUCAUUUCAUUUUAUUACUCUCCCAGUUACAAUCUUUGAACAGAAUUGUAGCUCCAGUUGCUUCAGCCAACAUGCUGAAAUGGGCAUGGGUUGUAGUCUAUACCCAGGCUUAGGUUUUUUGAGUAUAUAAUGAUAAAUGUAUGGUUUGUAAGUACUCUGGGUUGGUCUGUCAAACAUUUAAAGCAAUGUUUCCUUUUUGAAAAUAAAAAUUGUAAAUAAUACCUUUAUUACAUUAUAAAUCUUUAUUUUAGAGGUCUCAAAAGAGCCAGACUCCUAUAAUUUUAAUAAUAUAAAUAACUUACAUGUUAGUUGGUUGCCUAUUACCAUUCUAUAUUAAACUGAAAGGAUUCCCGUCCCCUUUUGUAUCAUUAUUCUCUCCCUUUCUUUGCAUUAUCACUUUUUUAUUAUUCACAGUAUGAAUCCAUAUUUAUGAGAAGCAGCUGCUUUUCCCCCUCAAGAUUCUAAACAUUCUGAUUUCUAAACAUACUGUAUUUCCUUGAAAGAUUAGUUGCUACUAUGGAAAUGUGUUUGGCUCCUAAAGCUAGUUGUAGUUCUUUUAACAUACAUCAUCAAUAAUUUUGUCCUUUCCAUGCUUUUUGCUAGCUUUCUUGAAAUCAUCUUCCUGGACAACAGCAAAACUGCAUGGAGAGUUUUUAAAAACCAUUGUUCUAAAUUGAAUAUUAAUUCAAUUAAUACAAUUCAAUAACUAAUGUUAGCUAUCAACAUGGGGAAAAGGCAAUUUUUCAUUUAUUCAGUUUUAAUAUAUUUAAGAAAUACUUUAAAACAUGUUCCUGCAACUCAGAGAGAUGUUAAUAUUUAUUUAUCAUAGGCUUUGGACAGAUUUUUCUUUUAGAAUACCAAGGAUUUUUUGUAGAUUUUGUGCAGUUUGUUAAAACUUGGUUUAUUAAAUCCAGUUUACAAUGUACAAGGAUAAAAGUGAUACAAAACAGAUUAAGGCAGCUACAGAUUUAACUGCUUUGUAAAAGAGGAACUUUCAGUUCAAUUCCCUUUUCAACUUACUAAAGGAGUACUGUAGUGAGUGAUUUCUUGCAGGAUUCUUAAACUAAAUGUGUCUCUAAAGAUACUACAAGAACUCAAAUCUUCCCUAAAUUCUCAUUCUCUCUGGAAAUUCAUUCUUCCAAUGAAUAUUGUGCUUAAGCAUUGGACUACAUGAAAAAGAUCCUCUUAUAUUAUCUAUAAAUCCUUGGAAUAUUAGAACAGUAAGCAUACUGUCUGGUCUGCAGAAAUUCAGAGGACAAUUAGCAGUAAAGGUUGACAUUUUCUGCUGCCAUCUAGUGGUUGUCCAGAUGUUUGUAAUCUAAGAUGUUUGUAGUCUUAAUACAGUGUUGUGUAAUUUUAAUGACCUACAGUUCCAUCUGCUUGGAAAAAUCAAAGGCAAUCAAAAAACAAAUCAACAGGAGAUCAGAUAUUAUUGCCACUAACUCAAACCUAAAACAACCGUCUCCAAAUUUCAUAGAUAUCAUUCAGUCUGGUUUGGCAAUUCCUCUUGGCUUGGAAUGGCAAUGACAGAAUUUUUUUGUGUAGCCACUUCAUAGAUCUUCCAGGGAUUAUAUAAAUGAUACCUUUUCUUUGAAUUUUCAAUAAUACCGGACAUGGGCUUUGAUUGGAGCAAUAUUGGAACUUUUUUUGGAAUCAUAUUGUUAUGCUUUUGUUGAAUAACUUGACUAAAUUUGUUCUUAAGUAUGUACAUGGAGAGGUUAGCAGAAAAAAAAAUCUAAAUGUUUUCCAAAGGGGUGGAGCUCCAAUCAGAACUUAAUGAAAAAAAGAGAUUGAAUACUGAGUCUUGUCCCGAAGGUUGACCCAAUUAGUAUACAUGAAAUUGAUUGUGGAAGCAAAACACUAAUAUCAUAAUCUUGCUAAUUUAUUUGGAUAUUAUGUUAUGUUAAAGAAUGUUUCCUUACAAGUUUUAAAUUUUUAAUAAGUCAUUAUUGUUUCUCUGCUUAUUUAGCAUGUAAAUGGACAUGAUUAAACAAGUAAUAUAGAGCUAUGAGGAUCAAAAAGAAUCCCAUUUUUACCAUUUACACACUUGAGAAAUUGUAAAUGUAAAAGAACAGCACUCUCCUAAUUUGUUUUCAUGAUUGAUUCUGAAUUAUCCUGCUUAUCAGUAUUUCUGUAACUUUUUCUAUACAGGAUGCCAUAAGUACAUUUUCUUUACUGUUCUACAUAUUAUUAUUAUUAAGUUAAUAAAGUAUGUUUAUGCUUUG